CCUCCGCUCCUGGAGUUUUGAGCUGCCAUGGUAACGAUUCUGCGUUAGGCAGUUGUGAAGACGUUAUGCUAAACGUAUAUUAUGUCGAUGGCUAAAACUAGGCCGGUGUUGAUGAAAGGUUACUAACGAUUACCUUUACUUAAACGCAAAAUGGACGCUUUAGUAGACUGCCAAAUAGAAGACGAAUCAGAGAGAGAUCGCCUUCGGGCAAAACCCACCUGCUUCGUCGUUUUUGGAAAACCAGGUGUUGGUAAAUCCACCUUAGCCAAAAUGAUAGCAACGUCUUGGCACUGUGUUCUUAUUGACGAUACUGACCUGCUCCAGACACACAUUAAGGACAAGACUAAGGAAGGAACACAGAUCCUGAACAUGUUAUCGGAGGGGGAACGUAUACCCGAAGAUUUAGUCCUGCAGCUGGUGCUUGCCAGACUCAACUCACCUGAUGUUCAGCAUUAUGGUUAUGUUCUGAGUUGGCUUCCUUUUUCCGAGGAAUGUAAGAAGAUCCCUGAUCUGACUGAAUUGAUGGAAAACCUCAAACCAGCACCAGAUUUCAUCUUUUAUAUCAAGUGUCCAGACAACGACCUUAUCAAAAGACUGUCGAGUCUGAAGCAGCACCCAGUGACGGGGCAUCUGUACAGCAGGGAUCACUGGGAUCGUGAAGAAGAGUUCAUUGUAAAGAAGGGAAAUGCAAACCAGUUGGUGGAUGAUGAGGAGGAACAGGAAUUUGAGGAGGCGGAGCUUCUAAAGACUGGAAUGAAUGAUAUUGACCAGUUGGUGUGGAUGCCCAAAAAUCUGCCCAGAGAGGCUUUAACUAGAAUUAACAAGUACAAGGAAACACUUCUAAGACCAUUGGAGGACUACGUGAAAAAGCAAAAGCAUCUGUACGUGUUGCAUCUCGAUGGAAACAAAACACCUGAAGAGCUCCAUCUGGCUGUGAUGACCCUGCUUGAAUCUAUGGCUAUAAAGCGUGUCCCUGUUCCAGUGCUGCUCUACAACAACGAGAUGGAUGAAAUGCAGUCAGGGAGCAAUGACCAGCAGGAACAUCUUCUGAAAACGAUGUGUUCUUCCAGGACAGUGGCCCCUGGCUUUCUCUGGAGAAGGAGCCGCUGGGGUCAAACGUGUCCUGUGGCGCUUAAGGAGGGCAAGAAUAUUCCUGGCGACAUAGAAUUUUCUGUAGGUUUCCAGGACAAGCUGUACAUCCUUUCAUCUCAGGAGGCCUACAUGAAGUUUGUCACAAACCCCAGAUGCUACUUACUACCGCCUAUGCCCCGAAACGUCUGCAAAGUGUCCAUCAUUGGACCUCCUCAGUCUGGGAAGAGCACCAUGUGUAGGCUUCUAGCUCAGCACGUUGGUGCUGUGGUAGUGAACGUGGAGGAGCUGUUUGCCAAGGCUCGACAGGAAAUGCUUGCAAAAGUCAAAGAGGAGACAGUGCAGGCUGCCAUAGAGAAAAUCAAAAAGGCCGUGAAUGAGGAUGUGACAGAGGAUCAUCCAGACGUGGAGGCCAUGGUGUUCUAUGCCAUGGAGAAAGUCAAACGGAGCUCCUCUUUCUUUGAUCUGCUUGCUGAUGUGUUGAAGAAACGCGUAAAAGAGAUAGAGGAGGUGGACUCUGAUGCUGAGGCCAAGACUGGAUGGGUGUUUGACAACUUCCCCAACAACCCUUCCCACGUUGAAAUGUUACGGGACGCUGACAUAAUGCCAGAUGUAGUCUUCAUUCUCAGAGACGAAGGAAAUCAAGGCGUCCCCGAGAUGAAGGAGUUUAAGUUGCGGAUUGAGAACAAGUGGACUCGGAUGGAGCAGGCUCUACCGGACAAUCACUGCAUUUUAGAGAUUGAGAGCAAAAGCCCUGAGAACUUGCUACAAGAGAUGAUCCAACAGAUGGAAAAACCCUUUAGGUACGUGGCCAGAAUGUUGUCUGAUACUGACCCGCAGGAGUAUGAGGAUGCCGAGGCUGAAGAGCACAGUGACGAUGAUGCCGAAUUGAAAGAUGAAGAUGAAAGAGGCAUCCAAACAACCAAAAGAUUAUUAGGUGAUACCAAGCAUUUCUGCCCUGUUGCUUUAAAACAUCACAACGUCCUGCAGCCUUGUAUGGAUAUGUACCCCACUGUGUACCGCGAGAGGACUUUCUACUUUUCUGACAGUACAGCCAGACGUUCCUUCAUUCAAAAGCCUGAGCUGUUCACUGCACAGACUGAGCCUCUUCAGCCUCCUGCCGUACGAGUCCUCUUACUGGGAGUCAGAGGCUCAGAGAAGUCCGCUCAUGGUGAAUGCGUCGCACAUGAGCUGGGGCUGUUCUAUAUAAAUUUCAGACAACUGCUCCAAAACCUGAUCAUAGCCAAGACAAAGAAACAAAUUACUUAUUCUGAUGAGGAAAUGCUGAUAGAGAAGAGAUGUGAGUUCCUGGAAGCCUCUAUGAAGAGAUCUAAGAAGGGAGACCAGAAAGAGAUGGAAAACUGUUCAGACUUUCAGCCGGAGACGGUGAUGACUGGAGCUGAACUGGCUAUCAAAGCCCACUUAUCUGAUGGAGCGCCACUGAGUUCCAAGGUCUUGCAAACGAUCGUCACACCUUUCUGGAAACAAGAGCCUUUCAUGUCAACAGGCUUCAUUUUGGAUGGCUUCCCUCAUGAUAUCAACCAAGCAAAGUUCAUGUUGGAAAAACACCUUUACCCUGAUGUUGUCGCAGUCAUGGAAACUGAUGUUACAGCUGUCCAAAAGCACUUGCUUCCAAUCGACCUGGAGAAAUGGCGUAUGGAACAUCUUAGAUAUCAGAAUCUCAGGCAUGAGGCAAAAAUGACUCAGAAAAUGAAAAUCUCCAAGAGAGCUGAACUCAGAGAAGGGCAAGAACAACACCAAGCCAGGGUACAGUUUAGAGGACGAGAAGAGGAGGAAGAUUCUAGUGAAGAAGAUGAAGGUUUAGAUGACACAGAAGAAUCUUCCUCUGAAGAGGAAGAAGAGAUGGCAGAUAUGGAAGGCGAUGAUGUAAAGAGGGAGCUGGAGAUGAAAAUAGAGAAGCGUUUUGAAACAGAUGAAACCAACAUUGCUGGCGUGACGCAACUUCUCAGGGGAUAUAAAGUACCCACAUUGAAAAUCAGUGCAUCAAUCCAGCACGAGACUCCUCAGCAUCUCCUACUCCGAGGCAUCCAGCCUCUGCUGGUAAACAGAGAAUCACUCUUCCAAACGUGUCAACCCAUCUCAGUCAGCCUUGCGCACAAGCUGCUGCUCUCCUGCUAUAAGAAUCACAGUGCCUUUGGCUUCUGGGACCCCAUCCAGCUGUACAAAACCAGAGAUGCGGCUGUGCUUCCGCAAUGGCCUCUCAACACAACAUACCCCCUCAUCCACAAUCAGUUCAUCUAUUUCUUUGCAUCCAAAGAAAACCUCGAUGAAUUUAUGCUCAACCCUUUAAAAUACCUUCGGCAGCCUGUGCCCCCUCCAGCGUUGCCAAUAAAAAUAGCUGUCCUCGGGCCUCCUAAAUCUGGAAAAACAACAGUGGCAGAGACAUUCGCUCAAAAGUAUGGCUUGGUUCAUCUGUCCAUCGGUAGCGCCAUGCAUAUGGUGCUCAACGAUCAGGGUCACACUGAGCUAGCGGUUCAGAUAGGAGGCUACCUCUCGCAGGGUCGUGCUGUACCUGAUGAACUGGCCAUUCAGUGUCUGAAGGUGGCACUGCUAAAUCCAGUCUGCAGCUUGCGAGGGUAUGUUCUGGAUGGCUUUCCAGUUACCCUUAGCCAGGCUAAAUUAAUGGAGUCUGAGAGCAUCAUCCCUUUGAUUGUAGUAGAGCUUGAGCUUGAUGAGGUGGAGGUGAACAAAAGACGCCUUGAAGACAGUGCGAUGCCCAAACAACCUCACCCGAAGAAUGACGGCUCUGAAAUCCUCCACAACUCCUUUGACUAUUUCAAGGAGGAGGUGGAACACGUGAGGCGCUACUACCAAGAGCAGCAUCAGAACUGGUUCAUCUUUAAUGGCUCGAAGAACAAAUGGUGGAUCUUUACUAACAUUUUGAAGGAAGUCUGCAUCAGCGUGAAACACAUGCAGUCUUACACAGAAAGGACACAAAGUGGGCGAGCUGCCUGCAUCAGCAGGUUGUGCAUCACACCCAAACAGCUGGCCUGUCAGCUGGGAGAGUUUGGCCAGUACUGUCCUGUCUGUCUGGCUCUACAUCAGCACCUGGUUGACCUCUCAGACGAUACAGCCUUGACUCAUGCCGCAGAGUACAGGACACAUUAUUACAAGUUAUGUGACCAAAACCAUCUGCAGAAGUUCCUGUCGACUCCUGAUCAGUUCGUGGCGCCUAACUGCCCACACACCCUCCCACAACCCCACCUGCUGCCAAGAAAGCUAACCGAGGCUCAGGUGAAAGCCAAGUUCCCACAACAAGCCGAAAUGCAAGGCUUCUGCCCUGUUACUUAUAAGGAUGGAAAACAGAGAUACGAAGCUCUGGUUCAAGGAAGCUUGGAGUAUGCGGUGGAAUACAAAGAGCGAAUCUACAUUUGUGAGAGCAAACAGAAACAGGAUACAUUCAUGAGAAUUCCUGAAACCUACUGGGACCAGAAGCUUCCCGUUAAAGUCCCUCCUGUUUGUGAGCCUGUUUCCCUCACCUCCCUUCCAAAUAUGGGCUACUUGGAACAGGGAGUGGCACGGCCGCUGAUUAAGGCCAUGACAGCUGCUGGGAUCUUCAAACCCAAGUUCCCUUUCCUCAGCAUACAGAGAUCAGCUGAAAUCUAUGUCGCCUACCAUUUAAAGGCUUUUAAUCCAAAGAGUCCAGAACAUGUUCGGCAGAUGUACAAAAGGAAGCUUGCCUUGUUUGAGGAGGACUGCGCACUCAUCCCCUACCUGAGCUCAGAAAUGAGAGGGGCCUACAAGCCUCCAGGCGAACGCUCCAAAGAUUUUGAAGCCAAACUAAACAGAUUCCUGGCACUUGAAGCCCUAGGACCUCAAACCGACCUGUAGCUACGCUUGUUUUCCUUCCUUCUCGUAAAAUAUGCCAGCAUUUUUCAGAAGCUGGUAUAAUAUUUACAUUAAAAGUGUUGUUGUGACUUUAAUAAGUCAUUAGUUUGGAGCUGCAUAAAAUAUGUGUAAACGUGUAUGUUAUCAGAAAUAAAGGUUGAAGCAUUA